UAUAGGUCCAUCAAUAUUACUCCUUAUUUCUCAAAAUAAUACCAGCAACUUAGAUUCUUUGCAAACCUUAACGGAUACAUUCCAGCCCUUUGACUCAGGCUAUGGUUUGCGAGUCUCCGGUCGCCGGAGAGACGAUAGGAAGGUGAAACGGGGAUGGGUCUAAAAAUAGGUGGGCGAGUGGAGAAAGUGAAUGGAAAAGAGCUCAGUUAUGCCGAGUUCGCGGAAAAGUACAUGAAUCGAAACCAACCCGUAAUCCUCACCGGUCUCAUGGGCGAUUGGAGAUCCUGCAGAGACUGGGUAACCGAUGCUGGAAAGCCGAAUCUUCCGUUCUUAUCCACUCACUUUGGAACCUCCAAAGUUCAGGUUGCUGAAUGUGGUACCGGAGAGUUGAAUGAUGAGAGGAGAAUAGAAAUGACAGUUUCUGAGUUCAUAAGCUCUGCUCAGUUCAGCAAAUCUACUGAUUGUGAUAAAUCCUUGCUGUAUUUAAAGGAUUGGCAUUUUGUAAAGGAGUUUCCAGAGUACAUUGCCUAUAAAACCCCAUUACAUUUUUGUGAUGACUGGCUGAAUCUGUAUCUUGACAAAUACCGCAUGCAUACUGAUCCUGAUAUUUACAAUCAGGGAAAUGAAAUAAGUUGCUCAGACUAUCGUUUCGUAUACAUUGGACCCAAAGGAACAUGGACGCCUCUUCAUGCUGAUGUUUUCAGAUCAUAUAGUUGGUCGGCAAAUGUGUGUGGUAGAAAACAGUGGUACUUAUUACAUCCAGAUCAACAUCAUCUGAUACACGACAGGAACAUGAGAGUUUGUGUAUAUAAUAUCUUUUCAGAUGCUAAUGAAGCCAAGUUUCCUGGAUUUAAAAAGGCUGUUUGGUGGGAAUGCACUCAGGAGCAAAAUGAAAUAAUCUUUGUCCCUAGCGGAUGGUAUCAUCAAGUUCAGAAUUUGGAGGAUACUAUAUCCAUAAAUCACAACUGGUUCAACGCAUAUAAUCUACCUUGGGUGUGGGAUUUGCUUCUGAGAGACUACCAUGAGGCUCAGGAAUACAUUGAAGACCUUAAGGGAUGUGAUGAAUUCGAGGAGCUCUGUCAGCGCAACCUUGCUGCAAAUACAGGCAUGAAUAUCAUCGAUUUCUUUGUCUUCAUGGUGCGGUUAGCCUUUUCCAACAUGGCACAACUUUACAAUCUCACCACUGGAGCGAUGGCAAGGCAUUUUGUUUUCAACCUCGAAUGCAUACGAAGCAUUGCCUUGAAAAUGAAAUCCAUAGAUAUGGAUGUGAAGCAUGGAAAUUUAAUUGAUGAUAGAAGGGAGGACUUUGAGGAUCACUUGCUUGAAGAACUAUGCGCUUCUCUGGGAAAAACAUAUGGUUCCAUACAUGGGCACUCACACUCUCAAGUGGAUGCUCACACCUACAAAUUCUUAUUUAAAAAUUUAGAUUCAGAAUUUCACAUCCUGUGUUGUCGUGUACGUGAUUGUGAAGAUUUAGUCGCCCUUAUAAAUGACACUUUGAUUAAAUUAGGUGGGUCUUUUGUUGCUUAGAGUUUGGUCUACAGCAAAUUUGUACUUCUAUAGUAAUUUACUAACAUAAUAGUGUAAUCGCAGAGUUUCUUGAUUGCACAACUAGCUGUUUCAGUUCAUCACUUUGGAACUAAGAAUAAUGGGAUUUAACAACAUUAUUUCUAUAUUGGACCUGAUUUUAAA